AUGGAGGAGAGUGCACCACUUCAUCCAGAACCUUCACUGAUGGAGAACAUAUCACAUCAACCCGAGCCAUCAGCAUUGGAGAACACAUCACAUCAUCUUGAACCUUCAACGAUGGAAGAAAGACACUCUUGUUUUAAUAACUUAAAGUUAUUUCUAGCAGCCUUGUCCUUCGCUAUCUUUGCUGAAGCAUUAUCUGGGAGCUAUUUGAAGAGUGCAAUCACACAGAUGGAGAGACGCUUUAAUAUUCCAAGUUCAUUAAUUGGCAUCAUUGAUGGGAGCUUUGAAAUUGGGAACCUGCUGGUGAUUGCCUUUGUGAGUUACUUUGGAGCAAAGUUUCAUAGACCGAAACUAAUUGCAACUGGCAUGAUACUCAUGGCCACUGGAACAUUUAUAAUAGCUUUGCCCCAUUUUAUCAUGGGACGCUACGAAUAUGAAUCAGCAGUUAAACCUUUGCACAACUCUACGUCAAUUGUGUCCUUGUGCUCAAUGGAACCUUAUGAUAAGCAAAUACCAGAAUUCAUGGACAUGUCGACACCAUUACCUAAACUGGAUUGUGAAAAUACGGGUGAAUCCUUUCUGUGGAUAUUUGUAUUCCUUGGAAAUGUCCUGCGUGGAAUUGGGGAGACACCAAUCGUACCCCUGGGUGUCUCUUAUCUCGACGAUCAUGCCAAGCAGGAAAACUUUGCCUUCUAUCUGGGAUGCAUGUACACAUUUGGACUGUUGGGACCAAUAUUCGGCUUUGUACUGGGAUCAUUUUGUGCCAGGUUGUUUGUGGAUAUUGGAUUUGUUCGCUCAGACAGUCUAACAAUUACUCCAAAGGAUACUCGAUGGGUCGGUGCCUGGUGGCUUGGCGUUUUACUAGUUGGCGUGAUAUCCAUUCUUGCUGCUAUACCAAUAUGCUUCUUUCCAAAAACCAUGCCUAUAGAGGGAGAAGGAAAGAGAGGAUUAAGCAGGUCCACUAAAAGAUCUAGAGAGGGAGACCAUGGUGGGUCAGAUCAUACAUUGCAUCAGACAUCCAAGUUUUCAGCACUGGCUAAAGAUUUCUUGCCAUCUGUGAAAAGCCUGAUUUGCAACCCAAUCUAUUUUCUGCUUCUACUGCAGAGUAUCCUACAAAUGAACAGUAUGAUCGGGAUGAUAACAUUCAAGCCCAAAUUUAUUGAGCAGCAGUAUGGCCGGACAGCAUCAAGAGCCAAUCUUUUAGUAGGAAUUGUCAAUGUUCCUCCCGUGGCAAUUGGGAUUUUCUGCGGAGGGUUUGUGAUGAAGAAAUUCAAGAUAGACGUGAUUGGAGCUACGAAGUUCUGCAUCGGGACUUCUGUUUUUUCAUGGAUGUUUCUCAUCUUAUUUUUCACAAUGGGCUGCCAGAAUUCUUCAGUGGCGGGUUUGACAGCCUCCUAUGUGGGGAUAACAGAGAGCUCACGUGAGGGGCACAGUUUAUUCUCCCAAUGUAACGCUGGCUGCAUGUGCUCAAGGACGCAGUGGGAACCUGUUUGUGCUGCAAAUGGGAUGACUUAUGUUUCUCCUUGUCUAGCUGGCUGCAAAACAUCAAAUGGAACAGGGGUAAAUAUGGAAUUCCACAACUGCAGCUGUAUUUCCCAAUUGACAGCUGUCAAUUCUUCUACAAUUCUGGGACAAUGCCCAAGAGCUGAGGACUGCAACAAAAUUUUUCCAUAUUUCUUGGCAGUAACAGUGCUCGAAUCUUUCACCUUUUCUUUGGGAACCAUGGCUGAGUUUGAGAUACUAAUGAGGUCCGUUGAUCCAGAGUUGAAACCACUGGCUAUAGGCAUAUACAGUUUGAUUAUAAGAAUGCUCGCUGGAAUUCCAGCUCCUAUUUACUUUGGAGCAAUGAUUGACACAACGUGUCUGAAGUGGGGAACCAAUAGAUGUGGGGGGCGAGGGGCCUGCAGGAUGUAUGACACAGAUGCAUUCAGAUAUAUCUACCUUGGAGUGGCUGCAGGAACUGGAGUAAUCUGUUUUGCUCUGGUUAUUCCUUUUUACAUGCAAGUGAAGAAACGUUUUGCACUAAAAGAUAAAAAAGCAUUAGACAAUGAACAUACUGAACUGGCAAUUAUGAAUGAAGAUAAUAAUCGCACUGAUUGUGAUCUUUCAAUGAAUGCUAUAGAUCAUGAACAAUGA